UGGUGGUGGAUUGGGACUUCUUGUUGUCUUCCUCUGACUUACAAAUAUUGCUGCCGUUUCGUCUCAAGUGUUUCGAGUGAUUUGCUGUUCUUGGCAUCUUAAUGCUCUUGAAUGACAAUGGCGGAACCUGUAAUGGAUCAUGCCGGAGGUUACUACAACAUGAAUAACUCUACAAAAACCGAGGGCGAAGGUUUUUAUGGAGAAGAGACUCGCUGGACGACGAUGGGGAAAGUCAGCCAAAGGAGCUCUCUGGUGUCACCUAGACGCAGGGUCUUGAAGAUUGAUUGGGUACACAAAACCAACAGUUGUUCAGGUGUUUGUUGGGGAUGACAGUGCAAGAACAAGUCCUCACAUGUUUUAUCAAGUAUGCCGUGUAAGUGGUAAGAAUUCUACUCCUUGUAAAGAAAAACGUAUUGAUGGUACUGCUGUCAUUGAAGCUGUGCUUGAGCCCUGUAAAGAUAUGGUAAUGAGUUGUGAUUGUGUUGGAAUUUUGAAAGAAAGAAAUGUGGAUGUAGAGCACAGAUUUAAGGCUCUUGUGUCAAGAGGCAGAAAGAAAAGUACCAAGUGUCGUUUGGUGUUUCGAACUUUUGUUACUUUGCCUAACGGUACCCAAGAAACACUGCAAGUAGUCUCAAGGCCAAUUGCAUGCACUCAGCCACCAGGUGUGCCUGAGAUUUGCCGCAAAUCCCUAUCAUCCUCUCCAGUGUCUGGUGGUGAUGAAAUGUUCAUUUUUGGCAAGAAUUUCUCAAAGGAUACUGUGGUUAUCUUUCAAGAAACUGGAGCCAAAUCUCAACCAGUAUGGGAACAAACUGCUAUACCAGAGAAGGACACUUUACAGCCCAUUCACUUGAUUGUGACUGUGCCAAAGUAUUAUGAUGAGAUGAUAACAAGAGAAGUAACUGUGCAGAUGAUUGUAUCUUCUGGUAGCAAAAGAUCAGAACCCCAUCACUUCACCUACUUACCAGUUGUUUCCAAGAAGGAAUUGCAAGGCCAUGAGAUUCAUGAAGAACAAAUGUUGCCUAAAGGAGUAUCACUUGGUGCAUUGCAAGUGAAUCGCCAUUACACUGAAACAAGAAUGCUGCCCUCAGUCUUACAAGAAGGCUCAUCUACAAAAUCAAAUUCCUCACCAAAGAUGGCUUCAGUACCUCUGACAAAACCUGUGGUAUCAUCAGUGAGAGUGCCACGUGUUAUUCAAAGUUCUAAUCCAGCUAGGAAAGCUGCAACACGUACGCUUCGCAACACUUCACAUGUUUCUAAAACAGCAGUGAAUGGUAACAAGGCUGCAGGAAUUAACACUACACAAACAAAAAACAUAAGUACCAAGAUGAACUUGAAAAUCAAGUCAGAUGAAGUUGAUGAUAAAUCCACAAAUCAAGAUCAAAAGCAGGAUAAUUCCAAAGGAACUGUGAGUCUUGGCAGUUUAGUAGAGUUGUUGAAUGUUGUUAAAGCUUUGCCAUGUGGUUUCAUUGAAGAUCUUGUGAAGUCAAUGAAGGAAAAUAUAACCUCCAGUGGAUCAGUGAAAGUUCCACAAAAUCAAGAAGUAUCAGAUGCUCAAGAAAACAAAAUGAUUCGUAGUAAUAUUUUGCUUUCUAACAGUGUGCAUGGCAAAUUUCAAAAAGCUGUGCCUCAAGCAAAUGUAUUGGUGCCACAAGAGUCUACAACUAAUAAGAUUAUACCCACUGUCACCACAAACUUAGGCUUAUGGCCCCUCACACUUUUCCCAUCAAUAUCUACCUCUCAGUCUAUCACUGGUGCACCAAGAGUUGCACGUGUUGCUCCAAUAGCCCCAACCACUGUGGUAUCUUCCCCAGGACUCACUAGAGCAGUAAGAGUUUGUGUAACUGAAGCACCACAUGUUUCACUUGAGCCACCUAAGAAGAAAUCAUGUGAUCAUGUAACAUCCAUGGGGUAUGAAAUUAUUGAGAGAAAUCAGUUGGUUCGUGAGCCAGUUGUAAAUCCAGUAAUGCCACCUCCGAUUAUAACACAAAGUUCAGUAAUGACAUACAGUGCAGUUGCUCAACCAGCAACUCAGAGUGUUAUCCAAGAUCAUUGUGAUACUCAAAAUAAUGUUGCUGCUUCACAACCCACCGAAACCCAAGAACCUACAGUUAUUCAGUCUUCACCUCAAGUUCAAGUAGAAACGGCUAAUGUUCUCAACUCGGCUAAUGGGACUGCAUUAAACACACAUCAAGAGCCCAUGUAUCAAACCAUGACUUCUUCAUUAUUGCAGACUAUUAAUCAGGCUCCUCAACAGGUAAGCCAAGCAGUAAAUGUCAGUGCACCUUUAAAUCAAGCAUCUGCUGUGAAUCCACCCUUAAAUGUUUCUCUUGGUCAGAGUAUUCAACAAUUGAGUCACCCAGUAAAUGUAUCGAUUAAUCAUGCACCUCAAACUGUUAGUCAGUCUAUGGAUGCUACAUUGAAUCAAAAUCUUCAAGAAGGAACUCAGCCACUCAGUGUAGCUGGACUUCCACCUGCUACAGAAGUAAACCAGGCAGUAAUAAAAGCUGAACCACGGGCCAUCACUCGGCACGCCACACAACAAGAGUUACCCAUGCCAUCUGUGCCAACAAGUUUAGCAGCACCACUAUUUAGUCAGUCUUCUGACAUGGGAACACCUCAAAUGGUAGUUGGUAAUCAUAGCAUCUUGAAUAAUCCUUCUAGCAAUCAAACAACCACACUAACUCCUCAGUCAGUUGUUUCAUCAGCUUUAACACAUUCUGAUCCAUUGCUCUCACAGUCAGUGUCUUCUAUGCAGUUAGACCAGAAUGGAGUUGCUCAGGGUUCUACAAGGAACCAACCAACUGUGGAAUCUAGACAAAGGGCUGAAGUUCUCAUGACGCCCAGCUCAACUGCUACCCAGGUUUCUAUGCAGAAUGAAGUAACUUCAGCAAUUAGUCUCUCAGAGACAGAGCUCCUUAACUACUUUGACCCAAACUGCUUUGAUAAUGUGUGAAGACUUUGGUCUUGAAUGACUGAAUUUAUCAAGAGUCAGAUACAAUUUAACAUAAGUAACAGGUAAGAUUAAUAAUCCCUGCUGCUUUGUUUAAAGAAGAUAGGCCAAUCUUCUUGUCACUUGCAGAAUUUUUUAACAUAGUUUUUGAAAACAUUUCUACAUAUCAUCACAACCCAGAGUUUUGAUAAUUGUAAAGGACAGCUUUGAAUCAGCAGAAAUAUUUUUGUGUGGUUAAAACUGUCAGUUUUGUAGUUAUGUAUUAUUAUUUGUAAUUGCUCAACAGUUACAGUUAUGUACCUAUUUACAAGUUAAAUGAUUGUAAUUUCUUGUUACUGGGAUUUUGCUGGUACUGAGUCUUAUAUGCAUUUGAAGUUGUUGCAAGUUUGUUAACAGUCAGAAGUGCUCACAGCAUGUGUUAGUACUUGUUAGCCCAGUGGAAAGGAGAAAUGUCAAAUGCAUAAUAUAGGUUGGUGCUGUGUCUGACCAAAGUCAUUUUUCUGUGUAUACACAUCUUGAGCAUGUAGAGUAUAAAGUGAAAUAUGACUUGACUAAAAACUGCUAGAUUAAUCUGAAAAUAUGAUUAUCAUUUUUAUAGUGGUAAUGUGGAUGUUUAAACAAUUUCAGUAUUUUUGUGUAAAAUAUGUGUGGAAAGUGUAACAGAUGCACAAAUUUACAUUUUUUAAUUAAACUUUAAAUGCUUUUGUUAGCUUGAGCAUUAAACUUUUAUUCUUUUAUUUUACUUUAUUAUAUUGUUGCUCAAUCAGAAUCUAACUGCAGGUUUUAUGCGAUUUUACCAUUUUGAAGAUACGAUACUCACUGGCUGACAUGGCAUUAAGGGGCUAGAGUGUUUUAAACCGAGUAUCGAAUUUUUCCCACAUUUUAAGGACAGUAUAUGGUUAGUAUAGCAUUUUUUAUUUUAAGCAUUGUCACCAAUUUGCGCUAGAUCCAGAGAAAAAGCUUUGUGUUCAUACAUUUCUUUAUGUAUAGUAAAAAGUUUUAUUAUUAGACAUUAAAAUUUAUGAGGAAAUAGAAAAGUAUCCUUUUGGUAUUUGUAAUUUAUUUGGCCUGUCAGUACUACUUUUUGGUAUGAACAGCCAGAAUGUGCCUGUAAGAAGUUACUUAUUGUUGUUAUAUUUUGUGUUGAUUCUCUGAUUUGUGUAUCAUAUUGUCUUAAGUAGAUUUGAAUUCCAUAUAACUAAUAUUUAGUUAGAUUAUUUUAUAUUAAAAAAUCUCAAACAUAAAUUGUAACUAACAGUUUAUAUAU